GUGAUCAACGAGCGCCGCCAGUUUGAUGCUUUUAGCUUCACAUUAAUAUGACGCAAAACUCUCACCAUUCCAACGAGAAGGACUCGAUGGUGGACUGAUCCUGAUCCCAGUCAUAAUAUAUAACUGCAACUGAGCCACACUCAAUACCAUCGAGUUUCUACUGCUAUAACCUGUAACAUUAGGUGGGGAAAGCCAGAGGACAACUACUAUUCUUGAUUUGAGGCCAGUUUAAAAAAAAAAAAAAAAGUAACAGACCUAAGAACGUUCCCCACCACAUGGAUAAAAAGAGCAGAAAGGAAGAGGGGAUCAGUGUUUGAAGUGGUCUCUUGGGGAUGGGGUUAAAUUAUCAGAGGAGGACGUCAUGGUUCACAGCAACUCUGCUUCCCCAAUGAAAACAUCCCUUCCGCCUAAUGUAACAGAGGCUGCACCUCCUGAGAAAGCAGCAACUCCUCCAGUGCUGCCUCUAAGAGACACUUCUGAUGAGGACUCAUCUCAUAUCCCAGCUAAACUCCUGGCCUCAGAUGUUACCUCCAUUUCAGAUGUCUCCCAGCCCAUUACUCAAUCGCAUGACAAAGCUGGGUCACCAGUUAUAACCCCUAAAAUAGCAUCUCAAGUUAACUCAAGCCCAGCGUCAGACUGGUCUUCUACACAGUCAACAACCCCCACUCAAGGUACAAUUAAUGGCCGCACAUCAGGCCGAAAGAGGACUCCCAAGACGUGUGACUGUUGCUGGCCCCAAGAGAAGGGGACAUGAUGUCAGAACUCCAGGCAGAGGGAGAGGGAGGGGAAAGGGACGAGGCAGAGGAAGAGGCACUGGAAGAAACAUCCAUGACACCCCACAACGGAAAAGCGGGGACAAGCUCAUGAGAAUAAUUGACUUUGACUUGACAGAGGAUGAGUUGGCGGAAGUGGAGGAUGGAAAUGACAUGCAUAAGGGUAUGAAAGUAUCAAAUCCACCGUCGGAGUCAAUAGCUCCUUCACGUGUCUGUGUUUCUUUACUGGAUGGGGAUGUCUUGGAAAGCGGUCAGAUAUGUUUCCCAGAAAUGACAACGCCAGCUACGUUUGCUUCGAAACAGCAAACGGUAAUUGGAUUUAAACAAGGUGUUGAAAAUGCCGUUCUUGUCAAUUCUAAAAAUGCCCAAACCCUGUCAGUGUUGGUGUCGCAUGAGGAGCAUAUGAACUGUACAUUGGAUGCAUCACAGAUGGAAAAUGGAGAUUCAGUUAUUUUGUCUGAAACAGAACCUGAAAACGAGACACUUGAGGACAAAAGUAGCAUGAGUGAACCAAGAAAUGGAACACUUGGCUCAUCAGGAGAGUCAGCCUCCCCUUCAAAGCCAGGAAGUCCUCAGAACCACGACUCAGAGAUGGAUGUAGUACUCGAUUGUGACAGAACGGACCCAUUGUCUAUAGGUCUGUCACCUACUCUGUCCAAUGGGAAUGCCAUAUCACCCGCAGACCACAAUCCCAGGUCCACACCCAUGGAAACGGAUAGCGCAAAUCCAGCUAUUGUUUCUUCUCAUUUUCCUAUUUCAGUAUGCAGUACACAGUACUGCUGCGCACUAAGAGACCACAUGUUGUACUGUCACCCCGGAACUUGGGAGAAAGAGGAAAAGCCUAUUAAGAAUAUGUCAGAAGAAACAAAAGUACAAGAGAUGGAAGGAGACACACAAAGUGAUGAUAGCCUGGAGAGACUUAUUAAUCUGGUCCAUGAGUUUUUGGAGAUCUUCUACAUAAAAUAUGGCAGUUUCAUUCCCCUCAGUGAGACAGAUGUCCUUGAAUACCUGAAGACGAACGGCAACUGCAACGACUUCAGCAACACGGGAUUAAAUAUCCAAAAGGAGAUGGCGCGCUAUAAGGCAGCACUAGCCUCUGCACCUGUUGCUGGCUUUAUGGUCAUGUAUAACAAGCAUACGUUGAGCCUGGAGGAUCUUGCCACGCUGGAGGAACAGAACUGGAUAAAUGACCAGAUUAUCAACACGUAUGGAGACUUGAUUAUGGAAGCAGCUCAGCAUAAUGUUCAUUUUUUCAAUAGUUUCUUCCACAAGCAGUUGGAUGCCAAGGGCUACGAAGGUGUAAAGAGAUGGACCAAAAAAGUGGAUUUGUUCUCCAAGUGGCUCCUGCUAAUUCCCAUCCACUUGGAAAUCCAUUGGUCUCUCGUCACUGUGAACAUGGCAACUAAGACCAUCAAUUACUUUGACAGCCAAGGCAUCGUCUUCCGACACACUGCAGAUAACAUAAUGAAGUACCUUCAGUCAGAAGCUCAAGAGAAGAAACAAACUAAUUUCCUGAAAGGUUGGAAGAUUGCGAUCAACAAGGGUAUUCCUCAGCAGAAAAAUGACAGUGACUGUGGUGUUUUUGUCCUUGAGUAUUGCCGAUGUCUCUCGGUGAAGAAACCUCUGCUCUUCAGUCAGGACGACAUGCCUCGCAUUCGCAAACGAAUCUAUAAGGAGCUGUGUGACCGACAACUCAACUCUUAAAUGUUUGAACAAUGGCCACCUCAGAUCACAGACUGCUUGCCUGUUUACAUGCAGGUCUGCAAGCUUGUCAGACAGAUCUUAUUUUACUGAACAUCUGUUCCAUAAGGUUCACAAACAACUGGGCUAUCUGCUUUCCAAUGAGCAGCAGAUUUCUUUGUUGACUAGGAAAGAACUACUGACAUGGCCUCCUACUGAUGCUGGACUCCUAUGCUUCACGUUGCCUUUUUGCUUUUAGCAUGGCCAGUUGAUUUGAACUGGCCACUCUUGAGGACAGGCGGGAUGUCUUCCUUGGACACAUGCAGGCACUCAAACUGCUUCGACCAAAUAGAGUGGCCAUUUUAAACAUAAUGAUUCUUAAAGAGCGUGUUUUAUGCAGGACUUUGACAGCAGCACCUCAUAUGUUUGUGUUAUCAUAUGUUCGUGUUAUCUGACGAUGUAUAUCAAGAGAAAAAGUGUGAUUCAGUGGACCAACUGUUCACCUAAAACUUGAAGAUGUGAGUUGGCUUCUCUUUUUUGGACUGCUAAUAUUUGCACGGAUAUUGAAAAUUUAUACUUUGAAGAAUUUAGAAUAACAAGCGAAUGUACUACCUGUGUACUCUUGCUUUCUGCUCUGUGAUUUAGUAUCAUACAAGCUAAUGGCUCAUGUUAGUUAUGGCGCAAAACAAGGGUACAGAGUUGACUUUGUUUUGAGUAUCAGGUCUUUGUCCCGUGACACCAAAUCAUUUCUUCUUGAAAUUCCAUUUUUUUCCCACCAUAUUAUGCUAUUAUUUACCAGAUUGUUUCGCUAUACUAGUUAAACCGUGAUUUGAAAAACAUUUAAGUGUGUCCAUCCAUUUGAACUAAUAUAUACUUUCUCAUUAUUGUUAGAUGUGCAAAUAAAGCUGCUGAUGUGAAGGCCACAGUUGUAGGUGUUAGCCAAGCAGACAUUGUAUUAGAAGACAUUUUGAUGCAGGUACAGAAAGACUUUCUUAGUUACCUGUUGUUGGAAAAAACAAGUGGACCGUCUAUUCGUUCCCAAGCGUCCUUUCCAUCUUGCGUUUGCUGUUGUAUCCCCUCGUGGAUUUAGACUUUAUAGUACUUUAACUACUGUAAAUGCUUGCUUUGGUUAAAUGCCACAAGGGAAUCGUUACUGUUUUUUUU